AUGAUCGUGAGCAUAGACCUAAUGAUCAAGGAUCUGCAAGGGCCCAUUCCCGACUCCAUUGCCAACCUCAGGCACCUCAAAUUCCUAAAUUUAAAUGAGAAUCAGCUCUCAGGCUCAAUCCCUUCCUCAUUGUACACUCUAACAAAGCUGGAAUACCUAGGCCUCUCCGAAAACUCUUUCACGGGCUCCAUCCCAGCAGCGAUCGGCAACCUUGUGAAGCUCAACGACCUGUACCUGUUUCACAACCAGCUCAGCGGCCCAAUCCCUGCUGCAAUCAGCAACCUCACAAACCUGUUUUACCUAUACAUGUAUGGUAAUCAGCUCACGGGGUCAAUACCCGCUGCAAUCGGUGACCUUAGGAACCUGAACUACCUAUCCCUUGAAAGGAAUAAGCUCACAGGUUCAAUUCCCACUUCCAUCAGCAAUCUUACAGGCCUCACAAACCUAAAACUUAAUGACAAUCAGCUGACGGGCUCACUCCCUGGUUCGAUAGGCAACCUCAAGAACUUGGUGUCUCUGGACCUUAGCAGCAACCGCUUGACAGGCCCCAUCCCUCCAUCCAUCAGCGGCUUGAGAAAUCUCCGUAUCCUGCACAUGGAGAAGAAUGAGUUGGAGGGCAGCUUGCCUGGAAGCCUCUUCACACUCACGAAUCUGCUCUGGAUGGAGCUGAGCAUGAACAAGCUCGCAGGGCCUGUGCCCUCCACCAUCAGCAAACUGUCCAACCUCUGGUCGCUACGCCUGCACAGCAACCAACUUGUGGGAACCAUCCCUGACACGAUACGCAGCCUGACUGCCUUAGUCUACCUGUCGCUGGCAUACAACCAGCUGUAUGGCACCUUGCCCGCGUCUCUCUCACAGCUCACGGUUUUGAGGGAAUGUGAUCUCUCACACAACUACCUCACAGGUCCUCUUGAAAUCAUCACAGAGAUCAGAAUGGACGUGGCAAACAACUACCUCUCGGGUGCAAUCUCAGAACCCACCUGCACGCACCACAACAUCAUCGCCAACUGCUUCGCACUCACCAGUGCGUGCAGCGCUGACCUGCUGCAGAGGCCAGCAGCAGAGUGCGCAGCGUUCUGCGGCAUCACCAACACCACUUCUGCGUGUGAAGGCCAUGGCACGUGUUAUCCGAACGGGCCUAGCUUGGUGCCUACGUGCAUGUGGUGUGACCCGGGGUUUUUGCAGCUUCAAGGAAACACCUGCAUUGCUGAAGAGUGGGUCAACACCCUUCCUGUGAGCAGCGCCAUUCUCCCGCCCUUCACCAUUCUCACCAAGGGCACCAAGCGCGAAACAGCAGGGAAGUUCAUGGCAAAGCCAGUCACCCUCUUCGCAUACCCGCCCGGCCUGUCCCAAGCCCAGGGAUGCGGUGUGGAGCUAGCUUUCGCUGUCAACUUCACCUUCUCCCUCGUUCCCGAGUCUGGCAUUAUCGGGUCCAACGGAUUUGCGUUUGUCAUUGCAGCAAAGGCCAAGAACGGCAACCACAGCGAUGUGAGCCGGCAGCACGUGGGGCUGAAUAUCAACGGCCUGGAUCGAUCCUUGGUCGCUGAGGUGUCCCCUUACACACUCACGGACGGCAAUGCGUACACGGCAUGGGUGGACUAUCAGCCUGGGGAUCCCGGCACCAUGCGGGUGUUUCUAGCUGAUUCCAGGACCAAGCCAGAAGAACCUCUAUUGCAGGAGGAGUUUUCCCUGUGUGCGGUGCUGCAGGGUGGUGUGCGGCAGGGCGCGUUUUUCUUUGGGUUUGUGGCAUCGACCACGGAGAAGCCGUUCCAGCUGCAUGGCAUAGUGCGCUCCGCCGUGCAAACAGGCUUCUUUACACUCAAGUCAGUCCGCAUUAAAGAGCAAGCCCGCGGGCUGGCACUAUCAUCGGGCACAUACGCGCCAGCGAGAGCCGGCCCGUUCCUGCGGUAUGUGAGCACGGAUUAUGAACUGGCGUCCAACGAUGAAGACUCGUGGCGCAUCCGUGACUUCCACACCUGGAACUCCAUCGACUUCCUUGGGUGGCCCGUCAAGGAUCAGGCCAAUUGCAAUGCGUGCUGGGCGUAUGCGGUGGUGGCGAGCAUAGAAGCAGCGUACGGCAUUGCAAGGCAUCACAGCGCGCCCCAGCUGUCAGUGGAGCCGCUCUUUGCAGCCAUGGGGUUGGCUGAUCAAGACAAAUGCUCCGCUGGAGGCUCACCCACCGAGGCCUUUGAAAAGCUCGUUGCUCUUGAUGCCGGCAGUGGGCUCACCUCGGCAACAAAGUACCCCAUCCAGGGAUUUGAGCGCACAUCAUUCAAGGGGUAUGUGGGGCUCAUGCUGGCAGUGCGGCGGCAGCCAGUUGUGGUUCACAUUGAAGCCUCUGCUGACACGUUUGUCAGCUACGACGGGACGUUCAAGUACCAGGAUCCUGAGUGCUACACGGGCAAUCUGAACCACGUUGUACUCGUUGUAGGCUACUUUAUUAAUAGAAACGAUGGCAGCCAGAACCGCAUUGCCCCGCCGUUUUGGAUCAUCCGCAACUCGUGGGGAGAGGAGUGGGGCGACAGGGGCCACAUGCGCAUGGACAUUCAGGGAGGGGAUGGCGUGUGUGGCAUCAACGUGCUGCCUGGCAUCUACCCCAUUGUCAAGAUCCCGGGGGACCCGUGCAGCAGCAACAGCUACAGGGGCGACCAGGAUAUGUCUGGCAUGAACCCGUGCGGUCGGUUCAGGUGCAAUGCGGUUGACGACACCAGCUAUACCUGCACCUGCACCAUAGAAGGAGCUGCCCGGCAGCCGUUUGUUGAGGCUGACAACGGGAAUGGCGCCAGCACGUGUGCUUAUGGUGAGCUGGAAGGUUCUACCGGGUACUGGGUACUGGUGUGCUAG